GUAUGUAAGUAUGUAUGUACAAUAUGUGUAUAUGUAUAUAUAUAUAAAAUACAAAUUGAGUAUUGUUGAGUAUUCAGUGCUACCAACGGAAAGAAACGCCUUGCAAAGUGUUAUUAUACGAAACGAAAUAUUUUAAUUAAAAAGUACAUAGAUAUGUGCAUAUGUAUAUACAUACAUACAUGAAUCAAUUAUAUAUUUACGUUAAUUAAAAAAACAUUAAUGAUUUGUUAAAGAAUGAAUUUUUUAUAAUCACUUAUAUUAUAUUCUUAAAUUUAAGCUGACAACACCUAACAUGAAUUUUUUAAAUUGCAAAUUUAUAAAUGACACAUUCUAAUAAACAUCUGGGUUAGAAAUUAACUGCGUAUAUAAUAGAAUAUUAAUAAACAUAAAUACUGACUGUUAGUAAUUCCGGAAAAGAGGUUAUUUUAGCACUUGUAAUACCCUAUUAUAUAGUUAUACUAAUAUUGUAGCAAGUUGAUAAGUAUUAUUUUACACUAAUUUAUUAACAAGAGUUCAUUAUUCAUCAAUGAUGGAUAUAAUAGUAACAAAUACAACUAAUAUUACUGUGAUUUGAAUACUAAUGGUGUUCCAUGUAACAAAACUAACUAUAUAUGAAAUUAAUUAGUGUAUUAUAAACAAAGGAUAUAAUCCAUAACCAUGUUUGGUACUUUGCGCAAUAAAUUUCAAACUGUACAAGAAGGUAUAUCAGCUAGUAUUCGAGGGUUAACAGUUGUUGAAAAUCCAAAACUUAAAAAAUCUGUCAAUAUAAGGAAUGUUAAUUAUGAUGCUGGAGCUGACAUCUUACACAGAUUUCAAUUACAAUGGAAUGAAUUGCACGAGCUUGCAGAAGAGAAUGCAGGGAAAGCACAAGAGGCUAAUAAUCUUAUAGGAACCAUUUAUGAAAGACUGGAAGAAGAAUGGAAAAAUAUUACAUGUUUAAAUAGUACAUUAGCUCAUAUUCCAAAAAUCAACAAUGCGAUACAAGAUCUCAUGGAUCAAAUAGGAACAUUACAAGAAAUGUUUGAGGAAGUAGAAGGUGCUAUAUAUAGAUUAGAAGAUUUGAAUGAAAUGUUGGACUUACAAAAUAGACAAUUGGAUCAUAGAUUUCAAUUAGCUUUAUAUAAGGAAAAGAAACUUGCAGAGUUAAAUAUUAUUAAAGCAAAAUUAGCCAAUGAGCAUAUUGAAAGAGUAUCACAAUAUGAGCUUAAACAACAGAAGAUGAUGAAAGAAAGAAGAGAGACAUUUGAAGAGGUCUUUAAAGAAGAACUUAAAGAAUAUAAAGAAACAGGAUCCAUAUCCAAGUUACCAGUCACACAACAAGGGCCUUCAUUGGAUGAAAUAGUUCUAGAUGUAGAUUCGGCUGUAUUCGAUAAAUUCUUAGAAAAUUAAUACUA